AGGGUUUAACAAAAUCGCGAGGGGCUCGUCGAUUCGCGCCCCCACCCUCUGAAACUCUCCAUCGACAUCGCGACGCGAACGAGCGGAGAAGAAUGAGCGAGGCCGCCGCCAAAUCCGGAGACGAGAACGGAGUCGCCUCCGAGGUCGCGGGGAACCCUAAGCGCGAGGCGGAUCCCGGGGACGCCGGGCCGGCGGCGGCGGCGGCGGCGGCGGCGGCGAAGAAGCCGAGGACCGCCGAGGACGCCGGCGAGGAGGGAGGGGAGGCGGCUAGGGUUUUCGAGAUCGAAGCGGACGCGGCCGAGGACAAGGGGACGAGGCACGCCAUGGAGGACGCGUGGGUCCUGCCCAAGGACGCUGGCUUGGGUUCCCCCGGGAAGCUGAGAUGUGCACAUUUUGCGAUAUAUGACGGACAUGGAGGUCGGCUAGCAGCAGAAUAUGCUCAGAAGAAUUUACAUGCAAAUGUUCUUUCUGCAGGCUUACCACGUGAGUUGAUGGAUGUCAAAGCAGCCAAAAAGGCCAUUCUUGAUGGUUUUCGAAAGACCGACGAAUCUCUUCUUGAAGAGAGCGCUACAGGGGGAUGGCAGGAUGGUGCAACAGCUGUAUGCGUUUGGGUAUUGGGACAAAGAGUUUUCAUUGCUAACAUUGGGGAUGCGAAAGCAGUAUUAGCCCGCUCAUCGACUGAAGAUGGUGAUAGUACUGUAAAGGCUAUUGUUCUGACUAGGGAACACAAAGCCAUUUACCCUCUAGAGCGUGCUCGUAUCCAAAAGGCUGGGGGUGUUGUGGGUUCCAAUGGCCGAUUACAGGGUCGCCUUGAAGUUUCUAGGGCCUUUGGAGAUCGCCAGUUCAAAAAGGUAGGUGUUGUUGCAACUCCAGAUAUUCAUUCUUUUGAGCUUACAGGGAGAGAGCAGUUCCUCAUUCUUGGUUGUGAUGGCUUAUGGGGGGUAUUUGGAACAAGUGAUGCAGUUGAAUUCGUUCACAAGUUAUUGAAGGAGGGAUUAACAGUCACAGCAGUUGCUCGUCGUCUGGUAAGGGAAGCUGUUCGUGAAAGGCGUUGCAAAGACAAUUGCACUGCUCUUAUUAUUGUCUUCAGGCCAACGUAGACAUGAAUUGUCUGUGAAAAUGUGGAAUGUUUUAAGUGAAUCAAUUUGUUUAUUAUGGUUGUCAUUUGUCAAACAUCUUCUUGGCUUAGAGUUCUUGAUGUUUGCAAGCGUGUCCGAUCUCUAAUAUUGAAGCCCCAGGUUUUAGUGUUGUUUGGUUUGUGAAACUUAUACCCACUUUGUUGAAUGGGAAGGUGACUCAAGAAGAGGGCAUCCUGGCAACACUAUGCAUUUGUAUUGAAUGGUAAGGGGUGUCCUGGAUCAAUCGAUGUAAAAAAUCAUUUGAAAAUCAUUGGCAAUUCAUUCUUAGGCUACUUAUUUCA